CUAGAAUAUCCUUCAAAGAAGGUACAAAUUUAGCAUAAAAAUGGUCACGUUACAAGAUAUUAGUGUACAACUUAUGAAACCAGCAAAGGAUCUUGCUGAUUGGAAGUUUCCACUAUCUCAGAUUUUAGAAGAAUAUUAUGCAUUAUUAGAAGAGCCAUGUAAUAUAAAUUUUGGAGAAGCAGCACUUGUUCUACAAAAUUCGGCUAAUGUAUAUGUGCGCAGAAUUGAACGGCUAUUUAAUGAGAUAGAAGUUUUAAAACAAACAUUUUUUGGCUAUGAGGAAGAAGAAAGAAAAAAGUCCAUAAGUAAAGAGAAAAGAGUACCUAAGAAACCAUAUGUUAAUUUUGAAAAUUUUGUGAUUUGUGAUUUAGAGAAAAAUAUUGGAAAAAACAUUGAUAAAAAGAAUCGAUUUCAAGCACAGAAGAGAAUUAAAUUGUUAAGUCAUCGAUUUACUCAAUUAGAAAACAAUGUAGCACAAUUAUGUAUUCCCAUUCAAAUAUUUGAUGUGUUGGGGGAAAUUAUUGGAAAGAAAUAUGACUUUCGGUGUAAUCAAGCUGUAAAUACAAGUGGAAUGUUGGUGGACGAAUUAACACCUUAUGAUUUUUCACAAGUGAUUGGUUCGCGUGUUCAGAAAGCAAGAAAUUCUUUGUCAUCUUACUCAGAACCAAAAACUCCUGGUACUGGAACUUCAGGAUAUCAUUCAGCUGCUUCGCUAAAUGAUAAUGAAUUUCUAACAUCAAUUAAUGAAGAAUUUGAGGAGGAAGAUGAUUUUUCUUUACAAGUAGAGGAUGUCGUACCAGCAAUUGAAUCAGAAGUUACAGAGAAAGAAAACAUGAUGAAUACAGACGAUGAGAUUCCUUUAGCCUCCACUGUUCUUUCUCAGCAAUUUAUUACAAAAACAAAUUGUCUGAAGGAGCAACAUAUUCAAAAUAAUUUAAUGCCAGAUUCGGUUAAUAUUAGUGAUCAAUGUUUUUCAACUGAAACUUGUAAGGAAAUUAAUCAAAAUAAGAAAAAAUGUCAAAAUGAAAAUUUGGAGCAAAUAACUCAAAUUGAAGAGGAACAUCAGAGGAAUGAUAAGAGGUUUAAGACUAUAGAAAAAUUUGAAACUACCAAUCAAGUGGUAAACAAUCGUAAGCAUGCAGGUCGUAAUUCUAAGGAAGGUCAACUUCAACUUGUUCACUUGGAUGAGCUAGAUAAUUCCCUAAUCAUGAAGAAGAAAGGAACUCAACCGACAAAAAUGUCGAUAUAUUCUGUAGAGGACAUUAAUGAGGCUGAUUGGAAACCCAUGCCAUUUAUUCAGGGAAUGAAAACUGUUCUCACUGACAAUUCAUCCAUUUUGAAACUUCCAGAAUACGUUUCUCUUUUAGAAACUAAAUUCGGUUCAAAAAAGCGUAAGCUUGUAUCAAAAAUACAGAAACCGGAGUGUUUAACAAAACUUUAUUUACGCGAAGCAAAAUUAUUUGCAAAAACGGAAAAGGAUAUUAUUUCGCAAGCAAAACAACAAUUUAAACGUUUGCGAAAACAGGAAUUGGAGGAUUUUAUGAAAAAUUUUGACGGCUGUUUAAAUGGAACAGAGAAGGAAAAUGAUACUUUGAAAUACGAAGCUAUGACCGGUUCAACUAUUGAUUUAUUGGGUUUUCGCCUUACUGAGAAUAAAAAUAAUUCCAUAGAAAGUAAUAUUGAAGAAAUUAUGAGCAGAAGUUCUUCUCCUAACGAUGUCAGAUCGCAAUCUGUUCACAAUUCAUUUGAUAUCGCUGAAAAAUCGUCAAACAUAUGUACCGAUUGGUACGAGCCCUCAAUUACAGAAAUGGAUGUAAGCUAUUCCUUACCAGAUUAUCAAACAUUAAUUGAAGGCAAAAUGAAGGAGAUUUUUAAGGAAUCGGAUGUCUCAACUGAGUUAGACCAAACCGUAGCUAAAUGGCAUGCUUCCCUGCAACCAAAAUUGUCUGAAGCUGAAAUAAGAUCUACAUUUCGAAUUCAUGAUUACGCUUCUCACAUAAUAGGAACUCUACAGGCAUUGGGUCAAAGGAAGAUUAAUUUCGAUAGUGUUGUUCAGAAUAAACCCGCAUGUGAAGUAGCUAGAUAUUUUCUAGCUUCAUUACAAUUGGCUAAUACAUACAAUGUGGAAAUAAAAAUGGAAAAUAGCAGUAACGCUAUAGAAAUAGCAUUAAUUGAUGAGGGUAAAAACAGUGAAAAAAGUUAA